CACACAAAAUCACACACACACACACACGUGCACACAGAGGCGCACAUACGCAUAUAAAUACGGAGGCACAUACACAAAUUACGCGCAGAUACGCACUGACACGUACCAUGUGCUAUUUCGUCAGUCAACCGCAGAUUGAAUAAGACAUCCUUUGCCGCCUCAACAGAAUUACCUUUGCCUCUUCUCUCACUCCUCUCCUGUCUCACCACCGCCAUCAGGCUUCAUCAUCAUCACCAUCCAUCAUCAUCAGCAGUAUCAACACUGUCAACAAUACCAUCACCAUCACCACCACAACCAUCAUUUAUAACAACAACAACAACAACAACAAUCUCCAUAUAUAAUACGAGACUUUAUCAACAAACAUUAUAAAGGAAAUAUUAACAGAGAUAGCUUCACGUUAUUCAGAAUUUGGUGCAGAUCUAUUACGGAGGCCAACAGCAGUCAACGGCAAUCAGUGAAUACUAACUACAGUGCACAUAAUCCAGAACAUUGAGUUUCGUUGCCCUGCUUCAGCUAACGGCAGUUUUAACAGUUUUCUACAUUUACACAAAUCUAUGAAUCGAUGGAAUCUUUCCGGUGACGUGGAAGUAUGAGUCUCUUCUAAUAUGGUAAACAAGUAAAAUUGAGAGAUUUUAAUAACGGCAGCAGCAACAAAUUACAAUGUACGACAAUGAGACUUUUCCAGAAAACAUUACAAACGUCUUUGAACGCCAUUCCUGGCCAAUGGGACUUUUCAAAGAAUUCUGUCCAUCGGCUCUCUAUAUAGACCGCUAUGUCAACGCAGUUUGGCACAUCAUUGGCCUUUUUACAAAUCCCAUCUCAGCAUUCAUAUGGCUAAACCAUCGUAUUCGGCGCAAUAAUUCUUCGGCUAUAUACCUCGCAGUAUUAUCGAUAACAGACUUUAUGUUUCUUUGGUUGCAUUUCAUCAACGAACUUCAAAUAGCCUGGGGUAUAUCUACAAUCGCUCACGCUGGCAUCUGCGAACUGUACAAUUUUAUAUACAUGAUACCGCAGUACCUGGCACCGUUAAUUGUUCUUGGUUUUACGGUAGAAAGAUGGAUUGCCGUCUGCAAGCCAUUUCACAAAGAGAGGUUUUGUACAGUGAAACGUGCAAUCUACGUAGUUUGUGGAUUAAUAUUUCUGAGCUCUUCGCUGGCUUCAGCACAAAUCUAUAUCUGGAAUUAUGAUGAAACACACAAGGUGUGCACCUACAGGGACACCAAUGUCACACCUGACAGUUUCACAGAGGUUUGGAACUGGUUGAGCGAAAUGUCAAUAUUUGGUGGUGUUCCAAUCUGUGUGUUAAUCUUCAAUAUCCUUGUCAUUUGCGAGAUACAUAAGAUUACGAAAGCAAAUGCAAUACAACUUCCCCACCAAACCUCGUCCGGAAGUAAUAACGCUGCAUCAACCAUCACUUUACUUUCGGUUUCCUUCUAUUUGAUUUUCACUACCUUGCCGGUUGCAUUAGUCUUCGUUAUAGCCACAAACUUCGAAAUUGGUAACGGUUUUAUGACAGAUGAUGAAAUACGUGCAGAUCCACAAUGGAAUCGCUUUUUCACUUUCAUGAUAACCCGUCGAUGUAUUGAGGGCAUCUGUUUCUCGCAUUAUUCCUGCUAUUUUUUUGUAUAUUGCCUCACCGGUCCACAAUUUCGCAAAACAUUUAUGACUUUCUUCCCAAAUAAAAUAUUCCAAGCAUUGAAUAAUUCCUCCCAAGGUCGAUAUACCAUUGUGACGGGCAAUGGAAGAGUCAACAACGAAAGCUGCACAACUUAUGUGUAAAUUUUCCAGACAUUGUUUUAAACACAUGUAUGUAGAUUAAUUAUGCUCAGUAAAUUCAUAGUAUUAAUUCAUGAAACAAGA